CGUAGCUUAUAAAAACAGGCGGGUCCUGAUUGAUGCGUAGUGGCAACUGAUGGAAUUACAGUAUACAUACGGAUUGAUUUUUAACUAUUUUGUAAUCGAACUGUAUGUGAAGUGAUUUUAAGUUGACUAAAGGAGAGACAUAUUAGGAUCAGCUCGUAAAAAUACUAUUAACAUUUCGGUUGAACUGAUCAACAAGUAUUUGGCAAACGAAAGAAAAAUCUAAUUUUAUUCAUGACCACGGGUUUAGAAAAAAAAAUUGGAUUCUUCAAAAACUUCAUUUUAAAAGACUAAUUAUUCUUCACAGCUAAAUGAACGUAUAGAUAGAAAAUAAUAAAGUGUUCUUUUGUUAUCGCCACAAAAAACAAAAGGUGUUAAAUACUUGAAUGUUAAUUUUAAAGAGAUAAAACUAGAGUGAAGAUGGUUUUCUCAGUAAAGGUAACAUUACUAUUCACUAUUCAGUGCAUCCUGCAUGUAAACAAAGCCUUGGCCCAGUGUCCAAGUGCGCGUAACUGUACGUCUUGCGCAGAAGGUGGCUCAGCAUUGUGUGCUAACGUGUGCCCGGAAAAUAUCAACAUACCCGCCAGUACACGGGAGUUUCAGCUAGUAUCACCAACAUGUGAACAGUGGUUAUCAAAUGGGAUACUCAAGGCAAGUUAUCUGAAUGUCACAUUUUCGGCGUAUCUACAGAAGCUGGAUCUAUCUAGGACUGGUAUAAAAACGAUCACUAUAGUCAACACAGCAACUUCACAUUUACCACCGCCAUUCCAACAACUGACCAAACUGAAGGUCUUGUCACUAGCUCACAAUAUCUUUACUCGACUUCCGUCAACAACGUUUACAGGACUAGAUAAACUAGAAGAACUUGACCUCAGUAACAACGGGUUGGUUAUGCUACUCCCAGAUACAUUCAAGCCUUUGACUUCACUCAAGAAUUUCACUAUUGCACAUAACAAUCUGACUGCCCUGACAAAAACAAACCUUGAUGGCAUGACACAAUUGGAAACCAUCGACAUAUCAUCCAACCCCAUCACAACUAUAGCAGGCGACACGUUUAGCUCAAUGAGCUUAAUCCAAUCCAUCCUGAUGAGAGACAUGAACCUGACCAGCAUUAGCUCAGGUUUAUUCUCUAACCUCCACUCACUGAGGCACGUGGACGCUUCAGGUAACCAGAUCACUUCUCUAGCAGACGACUGUCUGUCUGGCACAUCUCUAGAUCUACUUGACCUGUCCAACAACCAAAUGACCAACAUACCAACCAAGGCCAUCCAACAAGCCAGCAACCAACCCAAGACACUGGACCUCAGCAACAAUAAAAUAACACAAGUCAGCCACCAAGAUAUGACAAGUCUUACAGUAGAGACUUUAGAUCUCAGUGGGAACCCGUUAGCUCAAAUUGUGGACGGUACUUUUGAUGGCUGUACUAUCAAACAUAUUGACCUCAGUAACACAGGGCUGACGUCACUUCCUGCUUCCAUACAACCUUGGCAGACCGGCGGACCAACCAGUCUAAUCCUGGACAACCCGUUCUGGACAGGUAACGUGGACAUACUGCUAUUAUCACGUGACCUGGCUAAAACAUGUAACCCAACCACAACCUACCUGGCCGACGCACUGACAGCUGCACUACAACAGCGGGAAAACACAUGCCCUACACAUACAUUCGCCACAAGUACCACAAUCAAGACCACGCCAUCAAGGCAAACAUCUACAUGUAGCACCGGGGCUGUAGUCGUGACGGAGGAAAUAUUUCUAGGCUUGCUGGUUACCACGGCGUUGUGCUUGAUGUAAAGCAGGCAGCGACACAACAGACUGAUGGGAAAUGGCUUUACAGAUUUCCACGGCUAUCGACACUUAAUGCACUUUCCUUGAGUAUAACACUUUAGCACAUUUUAUAACAUUGAUUUAGCAUAUAAACGAAGUUAUUUAAGUUAGCUGCUUAAAACUGAUCAAUAAAAUCUGUGUAUUAAAAAAAAAAA